AGUGUCCCGCUGAAAAUCUUUCCAUUUUCGUUGCCCAAUUGCAGCUGUUUGGUGUUCGUGAGCUAGUAUUUUUCUUUUAUUAAGUCGUAUUAUUUUAUUCGUGAGUUUAAAAUGGCAGAUACUGCAGUAGAUAAAACCACCACCGUUACAGCUAAGGAUCUUAAAGAGAAGAAAGAGGUUGUAGAGGAAACCGAGAAGGCAGAAAAUGGAACUGGAGAUGCACCUGCAAAUGGGACAGAAGAAAAUGGUACUCUACACUCUGAGGAAGCUCCAGAAAGUGGUAAUGAGACUGCUGAUGGAGUUGAUGGAGAUGGUGGUGAAGAGGAAGAGGAGGAGGAAGAAUCCAGUGAGCAGUCUGGAAAAAGACCUGCAGAGGACGAGGAGGAAGGUGAAACAAAAAAGCAGAAGACAGAAAAUGGAGACUCCUCAAAAGAUGAAGCACAAGCCUAAAGCUUUUCCUCUUGACAUUUUUAUAGUUUCUACACAUUGGUCAACUUCGUUGUAGAGGGUGUGCUUUUAUUUGUACAUUUUUUUAAUAGGUUCAAAUACUGUAUGCUUGCGCACUGGAGUCUUGUAAAACUAUGUUAACGGGGUCUCUUUUGUAAAGAUGUUAUUUAUUGGUCUGUUUUUAAGACUACUUGUUUUGUCUUGGUUGACGGCCACAGUAAAACAGUUCACUUUUUUUUUUUUUUUAAGUUUUUAGAAAAAAAUCACUUAGUGUUAUGUACGCCAUAGAAGCACAGGCUUUACAAUUUAUCAGGCCAUGCAGUCUUUGAUGGAGUUAAAGCUGCCCUGUUUGUAAAAUAUUGGUGUGUAGAGUAGAACAAUUCUUAUGCAAUGAAGGCCAAAGACGCGGGUUGUAACCAACCAGGUUGAACUUGGUUUCUGUUCUGUAUAGAUCUUUGGACUAAUUGUGUUAAGUAAAUAUAUAUAUUAUAAUAGUUCGUGGUUUACAAGAAAAUUCCUAAAUGUCAAGAUUUGACUUGUAAAUUUCUCUUGGCUCCUUUAUCUACCCUGUAAAUUUCUAUUUCCUUUAUUUACCCAUUGUGUCAGUCAUUUAAACCUUUUAUCUAUUCUAGUCUACAAAGCAUUUUGAGGAUUAAUAGUUUUUCAUGUUUCCAUGUUGGAUUAGUUAAGUUUGUUUACCUCACCGCCACUUGACCACUACUUUGUAUAUUCUGGUUUUAAAUAAAUCUGUUUUUUAUAUAAA